AUGGAAUCACAAAUGUCACACCAUCCUCAAUCUUACAAGUGGACUAUGCAAACUAAAUCCAAUCAUAAUGAUCGCUAUCAGCUCGAUCCAGUAGAAGCAGUACAAAGAAAGUUAAAAUUAGAUCACCAUCAUUUCUCUUUAAAUAAUCAUCAUUCAACUAAGCAUAUUGAUCAAGAGAGAAAAGCUCAUCCAUCUAUGCUUCUUCGUUCAUAUGCUAAUCAUCAGCAAAAACAAACUAUCGCUAACUCGAUAAGUAAUAACUACCACGAAAAGAAAUCAAAAUCGCAGCACACUGCAAACCAUCAGAAAGAAUUACAGAUGGCAAAAGAGGACAUAGAAGCAAAUGAAAAGCUCUCUGAGUUAAGGAAUAGAGUGAAUCAAUCAAAGGAAAACAAAUCUGCCAAGCAAUUGAUCGACCCUUCUAAUUUAAACGGCAAUAAUCACCAAGACGAAAGUCCACAAUCCAAUGGUAACGAUAGCACUACCAAUCAAUGCAGCCUUUUCGUUAAUGAUCAAUCGCCAGAGAAUGAUAAAUUAAAACGGCAGCAAACAGAAGAUAAGGAGGAAACUUCUGACGACAGCAAUAAGGACCGUCAGGGGAAAAAGGCUACGCAUGAUAACGAAGGAAUCAACAAUAAGCGUCCAUCCGAUCAAGACAAGAAUGAUACUCAUGAAAAUUCACAACAAGAUCAAUUACUACUUCGCCAUCAACAAAAUCAUAAAGAUGACUCUGUCGAGAAAUCAUUUGUACCAUUUGUAAGGCAGAAAAAUAAAGUCAAUGAACAGUCUCAACAAUCGAAUAAAACUCCUCAAUUAAAAGAUAUGCACCUUCAUCAUGCAGCGAAUAACAAGAGGUUACUAAAUGCCAUCAAUCAAGAUACUCCCGCUCCUAUGACAGAUAUCCAACAAUACUGGCAAAAUAAGAUGAUACUGCAGCAAAAUCGUCCUGAUCUUAUUGAUCCUAGAUUUGAGCAAGAAAUGUUAGCUAGAAACCUUCUUCAUUCUCAAUUAGCAGCUAAUAAUUCAGUUAAAAAUAUCGAUCCUGCCAUAUUACAACAAUUCUACGCCAAUUAUCAAUCACAAAUAGCUAAUAAUAAUAAUCAAGCCAAUACUGCAGUAAUCAAUGCAAUCGGACAACAAUUACAUCCGAGCUAUUUAUCACAACUAGAGCUAGCAUCGCAACAAGGACUUGCUUUAUAUCCAGGACUUGCUGGUCAUCCUAAUCUUCUACAAACCAAUCCUUAUUUAAAAGCUCAUCAAAUCAAUGGUAUUACUGAGGCCAAUGCCUUGCAAGAAUUAGAAUAUCAGCGCUAUCUUGCUAUGAUGUAUCCAUCUUUACUUCAUCGACGUGAAGGUGAAAAUCUACCUAUCAAUCAUCCUUUAAUGAGUCCCGAUUUAGCUCAGUUCCCAUCAGCUCACGGUGAACUUCUUCCGGGUAUGCAACAAUAUCCUUUAGCUGCUGUCAAUGGUGCUAGUUCAGGUGCAAUACCUAAUGGAUUACCUCCUGAUGUAGCUGCACAAUUGCAAUAUUCCUACAUGAUGCAGCAAGCAGCUUUGAAUGGUCAGCGAAAUUCUGCUUUGCAUCCUUAUGUACAAAGUAAUAUGGAAUCAGAAUUAUUACUAGAAUUGGAAAGGCAACGACAAUUUAGCAUGAGAAACGAAUACGCUGAUACUGCUAAUGAUAACAGCAAUAGUAAAGCAUCUAAAAUAGAUGAACAGCUCAGUCGGUUGCAACGUGAAGAAAUGUUGUGGAUGAAGAAGCAACAACAAAUUAAGGAAGAAAAAAUUAGAAAACAACAGCAACGUCAGCAGUUAAUUAAUUCAAAUUAUAAGCAAGUGAAUAAAGAAAAGAAAGAAAAGAAUUCUGCCGCUAGUAAUGCAUCAUCACCUGUACAGAGAGUAAAGAUUGAAGUUGCUGACCAAGUUAACCAAGUUAAUAAUAAUAUUAAAGAAAAUGCUGAUAGUAAUUGGACUAAUACAAGCAGUAAGCCCGUUAAACUUGUGACUCCCGACGUUAAAGGCAGCACAUUUACCGUAGGAGAAAUUAUGGGAUUUAAAGAAUCUACAAAAAACAUAAAGAAUGCUGAUACCGAAAGCAAAGUCAAUAAUAGAUCGACUCAAUUCUCGGAAGAGGACAAGCCUACCAUGAAGGAUAGCAAGUGCUUAUUGCUGCAAUACAUCAACUCUACGUCUGAACAUAAAGGAUCGACUAGGAAAAGGAAAGCAGCGCAUCAUCCACAAAGUAAAGAUGGUGCAAACAAGAAAAUAUUUUAUAUGGCCAAAUUAGGUCUAGUGCCAUGCGGUGAUGAAAAAGUCAUUCGAGAAGAGUUUGAGGUCAAACGAAAUAAAAGACGACUAAAGGCAAUGGAAGCUUCUCUCGCUAGUGGUAGAAUACGAAAUCGCAAAUUGAGAAAACGUAGCAAUCACAAUCAGAAACAGAAACUAUCUACGAACAAGUCCAAAUCAGCUUCAAAUCAUCGUAAACUGAUUGUUAAAGUAGAUUUUGCUCGUCGUUCUUCACCUGACAUGACAAUUUUUCCCAAGUCGUCAUCGUCUUCCGAUAGUGAUCAACCAACUUCGAGAUCGCCAUAUAUGCCUAUAACUGAACCGAUCACACCACCAGAUGCUUCUUUAAGAUCAAAUUUACCUUCCCGCUUUCAACCAUUUUAUUUACGGUCAUAA